AUGGACAACAUGGAACGUGGAGAGUCAUCGAAGCAAGGUUCGUUGCGCAAUGGUAAUGCUUUUUCUGAGGAGGAACAAGCAACAAAUGGUAGUUAUACCAUCGCUCCUCGGAAGUCCAAGCGGCUUAAGGUCGCAGCUGUGAGUGAGUCUCCACCGGUUUCCACGCGGCUCAGACCGAGAACAAGGAAAGGGCUUGCAAUGCCUCCUUCAACCUUGAAGCUUUCCAAGUACGGUGAAGGAUCUAUGAGGAAGAAUAAUGGGAAGGAUAUCCAAGAUAAAGAGAGCUUAGCUAUUUUGUGUCCGGGUGGUUCAAACACAUGGGAUAGGGCUCGGCACAAAGUUAAGGAAACUCAACGUAUUUUCCAUGUUGCUUGUAGAAAAGUUUUGCGGGAGAAAGAAGCAAGGCUUACGAUAAAGAAAGAUAGCAAAUUCAGAGUGGAUUACAAGGCUUCGAAGAUUCUCAAGAGUAAAGGGCAAUGUCUUAACACUAGUGAUCCAGUUGUAGGACAUGUCCCUGGAGUUCAAGUCGGCGAUGAGUUUAUAUACAGAACGGAGCUUAACAUUCUUGGUAUACAUAGACCAAGUCAAGGCGGGAUUGAUUCUGUAAAAAUGAAUGGGAAACUAGUUGCUACUAGUGUUGUAUCAUCUGGAUCUUAUGAUGACAAGCAUGAUAACUCGGAUGUCUUGACCUACACGGGUCAAGGCGGAAAUGUGUUGAAAGGAACGAAGAAGGGACAGAGAGACCUCGAACCUAAAGACCAACAGCUUGUAAGGGGAAAUCUCGCGUUGGCAAAUAGUAAAGUCAAUAAGAAUCCCGUGCGAGUCAUAAGAGGCAGGAAAAAGACGGCUUCAUCAGGUGAUGCAAACAACUAUGUUUACGAUGGAUUGUAUCUGGUGGAAGAGUUUUGGAGUGAAACCGGGCCUCACGGUAAACUCGUCUACCAGUUCAGGCUACGGCGUAUUCCUGGACAACCCGAACUUUCCUGGAAAGUAGUGCUGAAGCAAUCUAAGUUACGAGAUGCUAGUUACAAUGUUGAUCUCGCAGAAGGGGAAGAGAACUUUCCCAUAUACGCUGUGAACGAAAUAGACGACGAGAAACCGCCUUCGUUUAUCUACACGGCUAAAAUGAUAUAUCCGGAUUGGUGCAAGCCAAUUCCUCCAAAAGGUUGUAGUUGCACGAAACGCUGCUCUGAAUCAAGAAACUGCUCAUGCGUUGCGAAAAACGGUGGAGAAUUACCUUACAAUCACGAUGGAGCAAUUGUUAUUCCCAAGCCUAUGGUGUAUGAGUGUGGUCCACUCUGCAAAUGCCCGUCUUCUUGCUACCUCCGAGUCACACAGCGAGGGAUCAAGUUUCAGUUAGAGAUCUUCAAAACCGAGUCAAGAGGCUGGGGAGUGAGAUCGAUAAACUUCAUUUCUUCUGGAAGCUUCAUUUGCGAGUAUGUAGGAGAGCUUCUAGAGGACAAAGAAGCUGAAAGACGGACCGGGGAAGAUGAGUAUCUCUUUGACAUUGACAAGGUGGAUGAGACGAGCGGGUUUGCAAUAGAUGCUGCGCGGAAAGGGAACAUAGGUAGGUUUUUAAACCAUAGCUGCUCGCCAAAUCUGUAUGCGCAAGAAGUGUUGUACGACCAUGAGGACAAGAGAAUCCCUCACAUUAUGUUCUUUGCAGCUGACAAUAUACCUCCACUUGAAGAACUCACAUACCAUUACAAUUAUAAGAUCGAUCAGGUAUGCGACUCUAACGGUAAUAUCAAGAUGAAAAAUUGCUAUUGUGGUUCCUCUGAGUGUACUGGUAGGCUUUACUGA